GUGGUGUACAAUAUGUAUGGAUAAAGUUUCCCAUCUAGCGCUUGUUUCAGAUAUGGCGCAACUCAAUGCAUAGGAGUGAGAAGGACAAACGGUAUGAUAGACAGUUGAGGCUAUGGGGUGAUCAUGGGCAGUUUGCACUUGAGUAUGCCAAGGUGUGUCUUUUGAGAGCUGAAGGUUUGGGGGCAGAAAUAUUGAAAAAUUUAGUACUUCCAGGCGUUGGCAGCUUCACAAUUAUAGAUGAUUCCUAUGUAACUGAUAAAGAUUUAGGAAGCAAUUUCUUCGUUACAGAAAAUCAUAUCGGAAAGGCAAGGGCACAGGUUGUAACAGAGUCUUUACUGGAGCUAAAUGACGAAGUCAAUGGAAAUUACUUGAUCGAGGAUGUUCGCGAUUUGUUAGAAAAGGACCCUCAAAUUUUCUUUUCCUUUGAUAUUGUUAUCGUAACAGAUGCCAGAGAAAAAUUACUCAUUCGUCUCAGUCAGCUUUUGAGUGGUACUUCUAUCACUUUGGUGGUAUGCUUCAGCAUUGGUGUCAUUGGAUAUUUAAGAAUCUGUUCUCCUGAACAUGUGAUAGUCGAGUCACAUCCAGAUUCCUAUUGCCCUGAUCUAAGACUUGAUCGACCAUUUCCUGAUUUCGUUAAAAUGGUAGACGAACAACCGUUAGAAGAAAUGACAUCUGAAAAGCUUUGUCAUACACCGUGGCUCAUAAUUGUUUAUGUUUUUCUGCAGAAGUUUAUUUCUCUACACGGCCAUUUUCCAAGAAAUCAUAAAGAAAAGGCAGAGAUUAAAGAUAUGAUUUCCAAAGGUGCGGUUGAUCUUUGGAGUCAAUUGUGUAAACGUGAGAAUAACCUGGAUUCAUCUUUUGUCUUGGAGAAUUUUCAAGAAGCAUGUCAGGCAGUCAAUACAGCAGUUCUACCGACUACAAUUCCUGAAAAUGUGAAGAAGUUACUCGAGGAUGACCGCUGUAAUGAUCCCUGUCUUACAAAUAUUGGUAUUUCGGGAUCCAGUAAUACAAAUCUAAAGUUUCCUACCAGGAACCACCAACAAUUACACAGAAAGAAUUCUGUUUACACAACUAUUUCACCUGUAAAAUUCUGGCGUCUAGUUCGUGCUCUACGAGAUUUUAUUGAACAUGAAGGUGAGGGACAAUUACCUGUACGUGGUAGUCUACCAGAUAUGAUAUCUGAUUCGAAGCGUUAUUUACAGCUUUUGUCUAUUUAUCGUGAACGUUCUGAAUGGGCGGUGGAACGCCUUGCCUCAAGAUUAUUGCAAUUCCCUGAUAUUUCUGUAGACGACGUACGUCUUUUUGUUAAAAAUGCAAGCUUCUUGAAUGUUGUACGUUGUCGGUCAUUAGAAGAGGAAAUGAAACUUUCACCAGCGCGUUCAGACGAUCUGAAUUUACUCCCAACACACAAAGAAAAUGAUUCCAUGUUGUGGUAUUUAGUUCUUAGAGGUGCUAGUAGUUUUCUGAUGGAAACUGGACGGUGGCCUGGUAGCUCACAGCCUUAUACUACCAGAUUUAAAUUCAGUUCUAACAACCAAAAUCAAAACUCAACUGGAAUUUUAGUGCCACGUGAAGAACAAUUCUCCGCUACAAAUUCUGAACAGUUAGACAUGAACAUCAUUGAAUCUGACUUACCAACGUUACGGAUACACUUAAAUCGUGUUCUCCAGUCGUUUGGAAUUGCAACGAAUCGUGUUAGCACAGACUAUUUAGAGGAAAUGUGUCAGUUCCGUGGUAAUGAGCUGCAUUCAGUGGUUGCAUUUAUGGGUGGAGUUGUAGCACAAGAAGUUAUCAAGUUAAUCACACACCAGUUUAUCCCAGUAUCGAAGCCGUUGAUUUAUAAUGCUAUUAACCAGAAAAUAGAAUUGUUGGAUUUUUGAUGAACGUUGUUGUUCAUAUAUGAGUUGAGUAUAUGCAUGUUAAAUAAAUGUUAUUUUCCACUUGAAGUA